AUGAAUCCAGCACAUCUCGACCCGAGGCUGCAAACGCUGCAAACGCCACAAGAACUGAUCGACUGGGCGAACAAGAACACCGUGCCAGACCUCCAGGCCCAGCUGCAGGCGGCAAUGGGCGAUCGCAUUACCGUGACUAUCGAUCGCGAACGCUUCACACAAACGCGUAAUGCACUCACAAGCGCGUACAUCGGCCUGAGCAAUGCUGUCGACAAGGCAGUCAAGGCCUACAUCGACCACACGGAUGUGAUCUUGCAAGGUGAAGGCACACUCGACAUCUCACACCUUCUCAACCCAUUUACUGGUGCUGUAGGCGCCGCGCAGACUGCCGAGUUCAACAUUGCGAACGGGCUUCACGCAGUGAAUACUGGCACCGCGGAAGUGCUUGCCAAUGGCGACCCCAAGAAGAGGCAGAAGCGUCCUUACAAGCAACGCGACCCCAAUGCGCCAAAGCGGCCGCUCACCGCAUACUUCCGCUACCUGAAAGAGGUUCGACCUCUCAUCGCUGCUGAGGUGCAGAACAACCCUCCCAGCGACGGCAUCAAGGCUGGCGACAUUUCCAAGAUUGCGACUGAACGCUGGAAGGCUCUCGGCGAUGCGAAGAGAAAGCCAUACCAUCAAGCGUACCAGUCAGAGCUUGCCGCAUAUGAGGCCGCUGUGAAGGAGUACAAGGCUGCUGGCGGUAAGGUUGACGACGUGCCCAAGACUCCUGGCGACGAGGAUGAAGAGGAGGACGAUCAAGACGACGAGAAAGAGACUCCUGCGAAAAUUACCGCUGCAGCUGAUGAGUCCUCAAGCAGCGACGACAGCAGCAGUGACGAGGAAGAGACGGACAGUGAGGAGGAGGUCCCGGUCAAGCCUCCCCCUCCACCACCAGAGGCUCCGAAGAAGAAGAAGUCGCGCAAGAGCGAGGUAGCAGCAACUCCAGUCACUGCCGUGCCACCUCCACCUGCACCCAUGUCUGCUCCAGAGAGAGUCUCGUCCAAGAAGCGCAAAGCUCCGGCCGGCGAGGAGACACCUUCCACCGAGAAGAAAAAGAAGAAGAAGAACAGAAAGUCGGACGUCGAUCCGGCCUCUGCACAGCUUCAACUCGAGUCAUCUCAACCAUCCGCCACGCCUGGUGUCGAGAAGAAGGAAAAGAAGAAGAAGCGUAAGAGUGAAGCUGCCUGA